ACGUCACUCCGGUAUCACAUGAACGAGCCGGGACCAAUCCACACGCAGCCCCGUCGAAGCACUCGGUUCCUCCGCCGAGAUAGGGAGGAAAAAAGACAGAAAAGGGAACCAUGACUCCGAGCAUCUGAAGAACAAAUAAAAUUGAACGCAGCGUGGAUUUUGUACCUGGUUGUUUUAUAUUCGCAGCAGGAAGACUGGAAUACUAUGCAGCGGAGAGAGACGGAACGGAUACGACAAUGGCUCGAGCAUAUUGAAUAGCUCGCGACGCUCAAAGGAAAGACAUUAUACUUCAUCGAACCUUCCUCGUCUUGACGGGGUUAUUUAAUGGCUUCAAUCCUCGCCGUCGCCGACCCUUGACUUUUCCGUAACGCUGUUGAGGUCGAGUCACGGUGGAUCGCGUGAGCCUCUAUAUGCCAAACACCGGAACGACCAUUAUUCGGCCUCGAAAUCAAAAGACAGCCACCUGAUCUGAUUCAACGCCGUCGAUUUUCGCUGAGGGGAAUCAUGGAUUUUAACGGGAGCGGCGGGGGAAACGAGCUGCACAACAAUCAGUUUUAUCCGUCCGAAGAGAGCAAGCCUCUGCUGGGGGAAAUGUCCGCACAGCAGCCGCCGCCGCCGCCGGAGGGGAAUAAUAAUCACAAAGCGGGGCCCUGCAGCAAGAGGAGCCUUCUACACAGCAGCAGCGGCAUGAGAUACAAACUGCUCCAGGAGGGGGACAUCCAGGUGUGCGUGGUCAAGCACCCGCGGACCUUCCUCAGUAAGCUCCUCACCUCCAAAUUUUUACGGAGGUGGGAGCCGCACCACCUCACCUUGACGGACAGCAGCCUGGUGUCUGCCACGCCCACAGGAUACAUGGAGGCCCCUCUGUCUUACAGCACUAUCGAGGACCUACAGCUGUUAUCCUGGGACAAUGCCCCCAAAUACUGUGUCCAGCUAAGCUUCCCCGGAGGGACAGUCCUCCUGCAGGCUGCUAACAGCUAUCUACGGGACCAGUGGUUUCACUCGAUACAGUGGAAGAAAAAGAUCUACAAAUACCGCAAGGUUCUGAAUAACCCCAGCCGCUGGGACGUGGUUCUGAAGGAGAUCAGGGCCCUGGUGGACAUGGCCCUCACCUCACCCCUGCAGGACGAAUCCAUUCAUCAGGCUCCACUGCACAUCAUCUCCACCCUGCUUGCUGAGAACACUAACCUCAGCGCUCAGGACCAUGAGAACAUCAUUGUGGCCAUCGCACCCCUGCUGGAGAAUAACCACCCUCCCCCUGACCUGUGUGAAUUCUUCUGCAAGCACUGUAGGGAGCGUCCUCGAUCGAUGGUGGUGAUUGAAGUGUUCACUCCUGUGGUUCAGAGAAUCCUCAAACACAACAUGGACUUUGGGAAAUGUCCCAGACUUCGUCUCUUUACUCAGGAGUAUAUUUUGGCUCUGAAUGAGCUUAACGCUGGCAUGGAAGUGGUCAAGAAGUUCAUUCACAGCAUGCAUGGUCCCACCGGACAGUGCCCUCAUCCUCGGGUUCUCCCCAAUCUCGUGGCGGUGUGCCUGGCUGCCAUCUACUCUUGCUACGAGGAGUUCAUCAACAGUCGAGACAACUCUCCCAGUCUCAAGAAUCCAAACGGUUGUCAGCAGCAAAGUGAGAGGAAGCCGCCCAUGCCUUUGCGUCUGCUGCGGCCUGAGCCGCCCACGCCACCCCCGACCACCACCCUGUCCCCGCCUCCAGCCCUGCCCCUCUCACCACCACCUUCCAUCGUCAACUCCAGCGAGAUCCUGGUAGAGCUAGAGCGCAACAAUAACACCACCAACACACUGCGCAAGGCCCCUGCAGAAGGUGACAGCGAGCCCAACCUGAUCGACUGUCUGCUGGUCAGCCCCGCGCUCAAUGCCCUGUCCAUUCAGCUGCCUGCCCACGCCGACAGAGUGCUGGGAUGUUUCGCCCUAAUCCUUAAGAUGUUAUCAGACUAUGAUGACUGGAGACCAGCACUGGCCAGCCUGCUUCAACCAAUCCCCUUUCCGAAAGAGGCCCUUGCACAUGCCAAAUUCACAAAAGAGCUGAAAUAUGUUAUUCAGAGGUUUGCUGAAGAUUCCAGACAAGAGGUCCACUCCUGUUUGCUCAGCGUGCGCUCUGGAAAAGACGGGUGGUUCCAGCUCUACAGUCCAGGAGGCGUAGCUUGCGAUGAUGACGGAGAGCUGUUUGCUAGCAUGGUCCACAUCCUCAUGGGUUCCUGCUACAAGACAAAGAAAUUUCUCCUGUCGCUGGCUGAAAAUAAACUGGGACCCUGCAUGCUCUUGGCCCUGCGGGGGAACCAGACCAUGGUGGAGAUCCUGUGUUUGAUGCUGGAGUACAACAUCAUAGAGAACAAGGACACUCAGCUACAGAUCAUCUCCACCCUGGAGAGCACCCAGGUCGGCCUGCGCAUGUACGAGCAGCUGUGCGACAGACAGAGGGAGCUUAAAGAACUGCAAAGAAAAGGAGGCCCUACUCGACUCACUCUGCCCUCUAAAUCUACGGAUGCUGACUUGGCUCGUCUGCUGAGCUCUGGUUCUUUCGGCAAUCUGGAGAACCUCAGCUUGGCGUUUACCAACGUCACCAGUGCCUGCGCCGAACAGCUCAUCAAACUGCCAUCCCUCAAACAACUCAACCUAUGGUCCACCCAGUUUGGAGAUGCUGGGCUGCGUUUGCUAUCGGAGCAUUUGGCCUGUCUUCAGGUUUUGAACUUGUGUGAGACUCCAGUCACAGACGCUGGCCUGCUCUCCCUCAGCUCUAUGAAAAGCCUGUGCAGUCUGAAUAUGAACAGUACUAAACUCACAGCGGACACAUAUGAGGACCUGAAGGCCAAACUACCCAACCUAAAGGAAGUGGACGUUCGCUACACGGAGGCGUGGUGAACUCGAGGAGAUUUAUAGACGCAGGAAAUCGCUGACACAUCAUCCCAAAACAACAUAAUCAAGAAACGAGGACUGUAUUUAUAGGAACAUCAUGCAAGGACCUUCUGAUAUCAUGAACGCUCAAGAAUCAUAUAGUGUCUCGUCUGAGGACGCUCUUCGCAGUGGCAUCGAAAUGCAAAAACAUGACAUCAUCAGACGGCACAGGAACCUUUCUAACGAUAUCACCAGGGGACUUUUUCUCUGUCUUGUUCUCGCCUGACCCCUCAGAGGAACCAUGUCCCUCGUUUUAGCCCAUAACCGGCGUCCUUUUUCGUCCCUCCAGAAGACA